AUCAAAAUGGAAGCGCUUGUACUGGAUUAGCUCGCAGUCACAAUGCAUCGGAGAGGAGUCGGGGCGGGAGCUAUUGCUAAAAAGAAGCUGGCAGAGGCCAAAUACAAGGAAAGAGGAAAUGUUCUUGCAGUGGAUCAAAUUGUCCAGAUGUCCAAGCAGUUGGAGACGUUCAAAUCAAACCUGGAGGAGUUUGCCAGCAAGCACAAACAAGAAAUUCGAAAGAACUCACAGUUCAGGGUUCAGUUCCAGGAAAUGUGUGCCACCAUCGGAGUUGACCCACUUGCCUCUGGGAAAGGGUUUUGGUCUGAGAUGCUUGGAGUCGGUGACUUCUAUUAUGAGCUCGGGGUGCAGAUUAUUGAAGUGUGCCUGGCCCUGAAACACAGAAACGGAGGGCUCAUUACGUUGGAUGAACUCCAUCAGAGAGUACUGAAAGGACGAGGUAAAUACGCUCAGGAUGUGAGCCAAGACGACUUGAUGAGAGCCAUAAAGAAGCUGAAGGUGAUGGGGAAUGGUUUUGGGAUGAUUCCAGUCGGUGGCUCUUACUUGGUGCAGUCAGUCCCAGCAGAGCUUAACAUGGACCAUACUGUAGUUCUCCAGCUGGCUGAGAAAAAGGGAUACGUCACAGUCGGUGAGAUCAAGGAGAGCUUGAAAUGGGAGAAGGAACGGGCUUGUCACGUCCUGGAUCACCUGCUGAAAGAAGGCUUGGCCUGGUUGGACGCUCAAGCAGCUGGCGAGGCACAGUACUGGCUACCCGCUCUCUUCUCCGAGCUCACGUCCUGUGAUGUCACACCAGAGGAAGCCAAUCAGAUGACACCCUAAACAAAAGUAAAUGAUGAGGUGGAGCUGGACCAUGAGCUGGGGACAGUUUAAGAGACAUGUUGGUGAAAUAAGACAAAUGGAAAGACUGGUGUGAUGGAGGUGGCUGGGUCACUGGAGCUGGCAGGUUGAACUGCCUCUGAGAGGAUUUUCUGGAUAAGGACGAAACACUCAAGAGUGCAACAAAUGCACUCAGGUUAUUAUAGAGUCACUCAAAGCAGCUUGAUUUGUGUUACACUGCAUAUGGAAUUCAGUGUAACUCCUCUUGUCUUGUAUUUAUUUAUAGUUAUGUUUGACGGAUGGUUUGUGGUCAUUCUCAUUGCACAGAGCGUGUAACUGUUUUAUUUUGCAUGUAUAAACUUUACCUUUUGAAAGAAAAGAAAAUAUCACCUGUAAUUUA